AUGUCCUCUAACGACGUCCCUGCACAGGAGGUGAGACUAUGCAACGACUCACAGGCGCUCCCUGAGGACGAGCUGGUCUUCCAGCCGGCGCGCGAGCAGCCCGCCCGCGAUGACGACGGCGGCGUCGAGAAGCCAAAAGAGGACGACACGACAAAACUGAUGCGCGUGAACCUCUCCAGCAUCGAUCCAAGUCAGCCGUUCGGUCACCUCAACAGCGAGCUCGACAGGGGAGAGGUCCCGGAGGCUUGGGCGACGGAGACGAGGACGGCGGACGAACAAAAUAGCGGUGGCAAGGAGCGCAAACUGCCCAAGAGCAUCCGACAGAUUGGCUUGGUGUUCAACUUCAUUGUGCCCUACGGUGGGCUCGUGUCUUCCGUGUUCAACCUCUCCUCCGCGACGCUGGGCGCCGGCAUCAUCUCCACCCCGUCCGCCUUCAACCUGAGCGGAAUUGCCAUGUCGAUCCUCUUUCUUGUGCUGGUGCUCAUUGGCACCAUCUUCUCUCUGUACCUGCUCGCCCGUGUGCACGAGAAGGUGGGCGCGCGAACCUUCUCACAGGCCGCGCGGCUGUUGAUGGGACCCGGCGCCGACUAUUUGCUCGCGGUGCUGCUUAUCAUCUUGUGCUUUGGCGGCUCCGUGUCCUAUGUCAUCGCCACACGCACGCUGCUGGUGCCGGUGCUGGACCAACCCGGCGCCCCGGACUACCUCAAGACGCACAGUGGAAACCGGGUGAUGACGUCGCUGGUCUGGAUGGUGCUCAUGCUGCCGCUCGCCCUGCCGAAAAAGAUCAACUCCUUGCGGUACAUCUCGACGUUCGCCGUCUUUUUCAUGAUCUACUUUGUCAUUUGCAUGGUCGUGCACUCCGCCCUCCACGGCCUGCGCAACCCCGCGAUCCGCAAGGAGAUUGUGGUGGUGCGCACUGGCAACGCCGCGCUGGAGGGCCUUGGCGUUUUUAUGUUCGCGCUGCUCAGUCAGAUCAAUGCGAUGGAGAUUAUGGCGGAGAUGCGCCCCUUCAGCGUCCGCCGCUUCACUUUGUACGCUGCCAUUUCGAUGAUUGGCUGCUGCGUACUGUACAUCCUCGCCGGGCUCUUUGGCUACCUGGACUUUGGCAGCCGCGUGACCGACUCCGUCCUCUCGCUCUACGACCCGGGCAGACCCUACAUUCUGGUCGGCUACGUUGGCAUCGUCAUCAAGAUCAGCGUCGCCUUCGCCCUGCACAUGAUUCCCUUCCGCGACGCUGUCUACUACAUCCUCCGCUGGAACGCGGAGACGGUGCCCUACUGGCGCCACAUAUUGGUCAUGACGGCGCUCUGCACGGCCGCCCUCAUCUGCGGGCUGUUCAUCCCUGCCAUCAACACCGUCUUUGGGCUCAUGUCCUCGAUCUCCGGCGCUUCCAUUGGUAUGGUGUCCCCGGCGCUCUUCUGGAUGUACUGCGGGAACUUCACCCUCCGCGCGGCGGGGCCGCUUCUCUACUUUGGUACCUACCUGCUCCUCAUUGGCGGCGUGGUCGCUAUCUGCUUUGGAACGGCCACCACCAUCUACUCGACGGUGGGCAACUCCUUCGCGUGA